AAAAAAGCUUUUUUGAGCGUUUAUCAAAAUAAAAUUACCUUAAAAUUGGCUUUUGCUCGAGCAAAUCGCCCGAAAACCGAGUUAUUUUUCUGCUCCAAAGGCGGCAGCUGCGACGUGUCACCCAAUUUUGCCGUAAAAGCGGGCGCCAAAGCACAAAAAGUGCAUUUGUGUAUUUUUGGCUUGUGACGUCAACUUGGACUAAAGCGUUCCCGAGGAGAAAAUUCAAUUUUUUCGGAUCCACAAGUAAAAGGGGUCAAUUUUUGACACGCAAUUCCCUGUCUCGAUGUGGUUUUAAUGGGAAAUUCAGGAAAAUUUGAGGUUAUUUGCUAAAUUUUUGAGGAAAAAAGUCGGAGAAAAAAAAUAAAAACAAUUGGCUGGCGCAAACACAAACAAACAUGGCAGUCCAGCAGUAUUGCUUGCGAUGGAAUAACCAUCAACCGAACUUUAUUCAGGUCUUUUCGACGCUGCUGCACAGCGAAUCGCUCGUAGAUGUCACGUUGGCAGCCGAGGGACGCCAAUUGCAGGCACACAAAGUGGUAUUGUCGGCAUGUAGUUCCUAUUUUCAGUCUCUGUUCACGACAAAUCCGUGCAAACAUCCAAUUGUCAUCCUGAAAGACGUUCAAUACAACGAUUUGAAGACCAUGGUUGACUUUAUGUACUAUGGCGAAGUGAAUGUGUCGACGGAACAGUUGCCGCAAAUCCUAAAAACGGCAGAAAUGUUGAAAAUUAAGGGAUUGGCAGAGAUGCCCGACAAUGGAUCAGUCACAAAAUCCGAAAGCAAGUCCGUGGAACAUGCCGACCCGAAUCAAAUUGCGUCGGAAGGCAUUUGGGGCAGUGCUGAAUCUCAACAGGCAGCUGCCCAACAAUAUCAACAGCAACAGCAAAUGGUCCAGAUUCAACAGCGGUGCAGUGCGUCGCCGCCCAAAAGUAUGUCGCCAGCGUUGCGACGCAAACGAGUUCGCAAAUCCGAGUCCGGAUCAAUUGAACGGCAGCAAGAUCAACAAUUACAACAACAAUUGCAGCAACAACAGCAGCAGCAACAGCAACAGCAGCAAAACGAACAACACAUGCAUCAACAGGAACACGGCGGCACGAAUGCACAACAAGUGGAUGGCGGCAACAACGAAAAAAUUCUGUAUUUUCCGCAUUUGAAUUCGUCGACGCGCGUCUUGACCUCUACCUCGACCCUGAUUUCGGCGCAACAGGCAAACGCCAUCAGUCAAGUGAACGUUCGAAAAGACGCGGAUUCGGAUCAACCGCAGCACGAUUCGUCGCAAGAAAGUAUCGACGAGUCGUCGCACCAACCGAACAUGCUGAAGGACUUGCAAGGCGUCACGCAAACGGUACCGCUGGACAUUUCGGGGUCGUCGUCGAUCAGCAUGACACAGGCGCAUCAGCAGCACGGGGGACAAUGGGCAAUUGUCGAUACGUCGGCAUAUCCGCGUUUCGCAACGACUUCGAGUGCCACGGGACUCAGUAUACAGCAACAGCAGCAAAUUCAGGCGCAGCAUCACGGAAAUACGGAAAAUCACUCGCUAAACACCAGCACAAGUAGUACAAGUAGUAACGGCGCCAGUGUACAAAUGUAUCAAACGAAUAGCGGCAACUACCAAUCGCAGAUAAUUUCCGUGAACCCCAACACGAUGGUCAGCAGUUAUCCGCAGAGUUUGUCGACAUCGACGUCGCCGCAAGCCCAAAGCGGCACCCAAAUAGUCCAAUCGGUUUACAGUCAAAAUAUCAAGCAGGAAGAGAGUCCCGCAGCGACAAAUGCCAGUGUCUCGACAAAUCAAACGCCCACGACCCCCUCGACGGGAACCACGACAAAACGCAAACGCUCCGUGAAUCCGCAAGGCGACGAAAACUUUUUACGAGCUCUCGAUGCGGUCCGUUUCGGCGGCAUUGGUUUCUGUAAAGCAGCUCGCAUGUAUGGCGUCAAUAAUCGCACACUUUGGCUCGAAUACAAAAAACGCGGAUACCCCAUCAGCAGACCUAGCAUCAAAAAUCGCAUCAAACUCGAGCCAAAUAUGUCCCCGGCUCCGUCAUCGACACCCAACAACGACGAAAAUUCGAUGGAAAAUUACGAUUCGCUGCCUGCGACGUCAAUCAGCAUGUCAACGGGAGGCACAAGUGGCGGCGGCGGCGGCGGCAAUGGAAGCGGCGAAGGCAAUUCAAGUGGCAAUCCUCUGAUGUGUCCCCCGAACGUCAUGGGGUUCCUCGAUACGCGACACGUGGAUUUUAGUUCGGCUGCCGCACUGCAUCCGGUACCGCGACAACGAUAUGACGACGGCACUGUCAUAAAUCCCUCAGCUGUUAGUCUCCAGGGACUGCAUUUCAACUCGAUGUAAAGUUAGUUAAGGGUAGAGAAAAAAAAAUGUUGAGUGUACCAACUUCUUAAUUAUAAAAAUGACUUUUUUCGAAUCUAAAGAGAAAUUUUAAACCUUUAAGAUGUAAGUGUAAAUGUAAAGUUUGAACCAUUUAUCAUAUUUUUAGUUUUGAUCACUGUACGUUUUAUUUUUUUUUUUUUACAAAGAGAGAUACAGUUCACAAUGUGUAUUGUUGCCAUAAUUAAUUGACCAGUUCAUUUUUUUUUAUUAUUAUUAUAAAGUUUAAAUCAUUGUAAAGCUACAUCCAUAUACUAAUAAAAUGUAC